AUGGACUACCCCCCAGCCAGCCCCCACCAGACGCCUCCCCAUUGCCGGAAGGCGAACAGAGUUUCACAGCUGAUUGAAUACUAUCAAAAUUUGUCUAAUUCUUUGCCCUCGACUCCAAAGACUCCUGUUAAGAAGAAACUUAUUAUCGAGCCGGGCCCAUCAUCAGCAGCUAGUCUGGUCAAACGCCCGACAACUCCAUCUGAAGCACUGGAGACUGAAUUGCCUCAGUCCGACAGUCAUUCAACAGCAGUUCCCUCUCCCCUAUUCUCUAAAAAAGCGCGUGAGAGACCAAGGAAAAUGCUGCCUACCUCGUCAGCGCAGGACUUUACCAUUACAAUUCCGAUCACGGUCACUCUUCUAGCCAAGGCUUAUUACAAAAACUGCCGAGAAUAG